UGUCUGGCGGAUCAAAUCGAAACGCAGCUCCCCUUUCCGACACGUUCAAGCCGCGGGCUCAAUGAACAAUUAUUAGGGGAAGCGGCGCGAGAACCUCCGCGUGUGAAUCGCACCCGUUAACAAUAAACCGUACAAUAAUUCUUUUUACCUCGAGGCAAUUUUCGACGACUACACGGAGGUUAGCUGGUGACGUAGCGGUGUGUGUAGAGCAACAGAUUUCCCCCCGCGCGCGAAGCCCGACAAGCUCCCAGCUUUUUCGAUCCCCUUCUACAACCGUAAGACGUCAUCACUCCAAUACGUACCUAAACAACGUUGUGAUACAUAGACUAAUAAUAUAUUAAUAGUUGGACAUAUCGAGAUAUUUUUAGUUACCCUUCGAUUUUAUUAGAGACAUAUCCUAGACAUAGUUCCGGUUUAAAUACCAUGUGAUUAGUGUCUAAGAAUAUCGCGUAAACUAAACCAAACCGAACAAAGACUAAAGAUGAGCCUGUCCAGGUCGUGUCUGUCCAAUCGAAGCAUGAAUGGGAAGAUCUCUGCCCUUGUAGAACAUGGGAGCGCUACGCCCCUGCGCCCGACAGCCGUGGCUCGUGUGGGUCAAGCUGUCAAUCUGGCGGUCGAACGUUUCGUCACCGUCGGAGAAACCAUCGCCGACGAUUAUUCGGAAGUUCGUCAGGGAAUGUACGAUGCGUGCAAGGAAGCGCGUCAAGCUGGUGGUGCGAUUGAGCAAAUAUGCGAGGAAACAAAUGAAGAGAUAGCGUUCGACAGAAGCCUUCUGAUUCGUGCUGCCAGGUGCCUCUUAUCCGCCAUAACCAGAGUUUUGCUUCUGGCCGACAUAGUCGUAGUCAAACAACUUCUUCUAGCUAAAGAUAAGGUUUCUCAUAGUUUAGACCGUUUAGAAUCCGUAAAUAAUUUUACCGAAUUCGUCAAAGCCUUCAGCCAGUUCGGAUCGGAAAUGGUGGAGCUCGCUCAUCUGACUGGAGACCGACAAAAUGACCUCAAAGACGAGAGGAGGAGAGCGCAAAUGGCCGCUGCCAGACAGGUCCUGGAGAGAUCGACCAUGAUGCUAUUGACGUCGAGUAAAACGUGUCUGCGUCAUCCCGAUAGCAACUCGGCCAGGGAAAACAGAGACACAGUUUUCUGUCAAAUGAGAAGAGCCAUGGAUCUCGUCCAUUACGUGGUCAAGGACGGAGUACUGAAUGGAUCCGAUUCGGCUCUGCAUUCGGAAAAGGAGGAAUUGGAGAGCGAUCGGGGGACAGCGUACGCGUGCAUGAGACGCUUGCAGAAACUUUUGGAUCACAGUAAGAGAACUAUGGACCCUUCGUGUCAAGGAGCGUUGCCGUCGGCCUUGGAGGCGGUGCUGGAAAGAACUCAGGAUUUCACUGACAGUGCCUAUACCACCCACGAACACAGGGAAGCCAUUUUGGAGGCUAGUGAACGUUUGAAAGUCGAAUUGGACCAUCUUCUAGGCCUCUACGCUAACCUGAUCCCAAUUGGUUUCGAGGGGGUAGCGAAUUGUCCCGAGAUAGGCGAGUCGGUUCAGGCCUGCAUAAACUCGGCGAUGGACCUCUCGCGCCAUCUAGCGAACGCGGCGAUUAAUCAGGCGCAGGAAUUAAGCUCGGCGACGAAGCAGGGAUUGGAGCUGGUCGUCGCUAUCCGUCAGCAGGCGGUUACAGGCGACAUCGACCGGCUUCAUCGCACCUCAGACGAGUUCCAAGAAUCGAUCGAUCACAUCUUAGAGGUGUGUAAACUUCUUCGACACGUGGCCGUAUCGGAAACCCUUCAAGUUUCGGCCAAAUUUACCGAAAUCAACCUCAGGGUCUACGGGCCUCAGGUGGUGACCGCGGCCAAAACGGUAGCUCUCCACCCCGGCAGCAAGAUCGCCCAAGAAAAUCUGGAAGUGUUUGCCGAAAUGUAUCAAUGGCUGGUGUCUGAUGUCACGACGAUAGUCAAAGACGUCCUGGAUACUAGCCAGGCGAAGCCCGAAAAACAGGUCUACAUGUCAUUACCUAGGCCCGGGAAGCACGGUACGACUUCUAAACCGUUGAAGGCGGUCAGACUCGAUACCGAGGAGCAGGAGAAAAUCGCCAAGUCCGGUUUAGAAAUGAAGCUGGCGACGAGUGAGAUGGACGCCGAGACUGAUAAGUGGCAGGAGAACAACAGCACUCAGUUAGAUGAAAAUAAUGACAUCGUCAAAAGGGCGAAAAACAUGUCUUCCAUGGCUUUCACGAUGUACCAGUUCACUAAAGGCGAAGGUCCCUUGAAGACAACGCAGGAUCUUUUUACGCAAGCGGAGUAUUUCGCCGAAGAAGCGAACAGACUAUAUAAAGUUAUACGGCAAUUUAGUUAUCAGGUACCGGGCGGGACGUUGAAGAAAGAACUUUUGGAAAAUCUGGAUAAAGUGCCGACGUUCGUUCAGCGAUUACAAUUCACUGUUAAGGACCACACCGUUGGUAAAGCGGCUACGUUCACCAAAGUUGACAACGUCAUUCAAGAAACCAAAAAUCUUAUGAACGUUAUCUCGAAGGUCGUCACGACGUGUUUCGAGUGCGCCACCAAAUUUAAUAUCACAUUACCACAAAGGGUUAACGUUCUAUGCGACCAAGUGAACGGUGAUCCCUUAACCGGUCAACUCAGCCCUCAAGAGCUGCGCCGAAUUACUGGCGAUAAAGCAUUCCAAAGAAGCCGUACGUUGCCUAGAUAGCCAGUUUCCGUUACUCCGAUGACGCGUGCGAAAAUACAAACUAGAAUUCAGAGGCGGCGGUAGCGGGACCGGAAGAGGAAUGGGUGGCGACGGCGGGUCGUCCAGCGGCGGCGGUGGCAGCGGGGACAGCAAAGGCGGCACGGCCAGUGGCGGUGACCAAAGCUUAUGACAG